GCAUCGGCAAACGUGGUGGACUCGUCGACGACCAAGGGGCGGAGAGAUUGUGAGAAGAGAGAGAGGGCGGGAGGACGCAGAGGGGCAUGGCGGGUUGGUCGAACGGAUGCUGAACAAAUGGCGCUCUGUGGGAAUUCUAUUCCGUUGCCUUUCAUGCAUCCAACCCACUCUCGUCUUCUAUCCCGACGCGAUUCACUCCAAUUUCCCUGCCGUUAGUCCUCAUCCUCCGCGUCUCGUGGUCUCUCACCCCGUGUGCUCCAGUCGAGUCAUCACCAAGAAAAUCUGCCAACUGUUCACACUCGUGGCGAUCGACUUUGGGCGGCGUUUCUUGGAGCAGAGGAGGGGAUAAAGAGGCAAGGGAAGGCGCGCGCGCGAGGGAGAGAGAGAGAAAGAGAGAGAGUGUGAGAGAGAGAGACAGAGAUGGUGAGCGGGCAUCUUUUCCACUGCAGGAAGCAGUCAUGGCCGCCGGAGGAGUAUGUCAGCCGCGUCACCCUGCAGUUGCUAGAAUCUGAUAAUGCUGCUCCACCACGGCAAGCAUGGAGGCGCCGGCUGAACAGCCAUGCCAAUAUUCUUAAAGAAUUCAGUGUGACAUUUAUGGAGGCAUUGAAGAUGAUGAGCCUUGGUGUUCGUUUAUGGUCAUAUGUCAGGGAGGAAGCAUCUUACGGGAGGAAAGCACCAAUUGAUCCUUUUACUCGAGAAAGUUGCAAGCCGUCAGCUUCCCAAGGAGUUCCUCUUGGAGGAAUGGGUAGUGGCAGUAUAUCAAGAGGAUUUAGGGGGGAAUUCAGGCACUGGCAAAUUACCCCUGGUCUAUGUGAAACAUCUCCAAUGAUGACCAAUCAAUUCUCGAUUUUUAUUUCUCGAGAUGGAGGGACCAAAAAGUACUCAUCAGUUCUAGCACCUGGCCAACAUGAAGGAAUAGGGACAGCUAGUGAUUGUGGGAUAUCAUCUUGGGGUUGGAAUUUAAGUGGUCAGCAUUCAACUUAUCAUGCAUUAUUUCCGAGGGCUUGGACAAUAUAUGAUGGGGAACCAGACCCAGAGUUAAAGGUGUCAUGCCGUCAAAUAUCGCCAUUCAUACCGCAUAAUUAUCGGGAAAGCAGUCUUCCUGCUUCUGUAUUUGUCUACACUUUGGUGAAUACUGGGAAAGAAAGAGCUAAAGUUAGCUUGCUUUUCACCUGGGCAAACUCAGUUGGAGGAAGCUCACAUCUUUCUGGUAAUCAUGUCAAUGAGCCAUUCGUAAGGCAGAAUGGAGUAACUGGAGUGCUACUGCAUCACAAGACUGAUGAGGAUAAUCCUCCUGUUACUUUUGCUAUUGCUGCAUGUCCAACACAGAAUGUUGAUGUGACUGUUUUGCCAUGCUUUGGAUUGUCAGAACAAAGCUGCGUCACUGCCAAGGAUAUGUGGGAAAUAAUGGUGCAGGAGGGACAGUUUGAGAGAAUAAAUAAUACUGUUGGCCCUAGCGUGCCAUCUGCUCCUGGUGAAACACUUUGUGCUGCCGUUUCAGCUUCUACUUGGGUUGAGCCUCAUGCAAAAUGCACUGUAGCUUUUGCAUUGGCCUGGACAUCUCCAAAAGUAAAGUUCAAAAAAGGGAAAACUUAUUACAGGCAGUACACGAAAUUCUAUGGGACGUCUGAAAAUGCAGCUGUGAAAAUAGUAGAUGAUGCCUUGAUGAAUUAUCAGUGGUGGGAGGAAGAAAUUGACAAGUGGCAGCGGCCUAUAUUGAAUGAUGAGCGACUCCCAGAAUGGUAUAAGUUUACCCUGUUCAAUGAAUUAUAUUUUUUGGUUGCAGGGGGCACGGUAUGGACUGAUGGCAAGCCACCAGAUAUUGAUGAAAAGUUGAGCACCAAGUGUAAUAUGGAAAAAUGUAGAAAAAAAUCGAAUAAGGAUUUCACGGUAAUUAUGUCUGCAGAUGAUGGUAGUGUCAGUGUGAAUGCAAAGGUUGAUGGUAUCAGUGCGACAAGGAAUGGCUCUGAGGGUGAAAUGAUGGGGAUAAAUCAGCAAAGUGAGGCUAACAGAGAUGUGAAUAAUAUUGCUAGAACUGAUGAACCAGUUGAGAACGAUGAUGUUGGAAAAUUUCUUUAUUUGGAGGGUGUGGAGUAUAUCAUGUGGUGUACUUAUGAUGUUCACUUUUAUGCAUCCUUUGCUCUAUUGGAUCUUUUUCCUAAAAUUGAAUUGAAUAUACAACGUGACUUUGCAAAGGCUGUCCUAAGUGAGGACAAAAGGAAAGUCAAGUUUCUCGCCGAAGGCAACUGGGGAAUCCGGAAAGUUAAAGCAGCUGUACCGCAUGAUUUAGGGACUCACGAUCCUUGGCAUGAAAUGAAUGCUUACAAUAUACAUGACACAAGUAGGUGGAAGGAUCUUAAUCCAAAGUUUGUGCUUCAAGUCUACAGAGAUUUUGCUGCAACUGGUGACAUUGCUUUCGCUGUGGAGGUGUGGCCAGCUGUUUGUGCUGCUAUGGAAUAUAUGCAGCAGUUUGACAGGGAUGGAGAUGGUCUAAUAGAGAAUGAUGGAUUCCCAGAUCAAACUUACGAUGCAUGGACAGUUCAUGGAAUCAGUUCUUACUGUGGUUGUCUCUGGCUGGCUGCUCUCCAAGCUGCAGCUGCCAUGGCUGAACGUUUAGAUCAGAAGACCUUUGCAGAAAAAUACAGAAUUCAGUUUCGUAAGGCAAAAGAAGUCUUCGAAGGACAAUUAUGGAAUGGAUCAUAUUUUAACUAUGACAGUGGGUCAAGUAGUAACAGCAAAUCCAUACAAGCUGAUCAGUUAGCUGGGCAAUGGUACACUUUCGCCUCAGGAUUGCCUUCCCUUUUUGAUGAUUCCAAAAUAAAGAAUGCUCUCCAGAAGAUAUUUGAGUUCAAUGUUAUGAAGGUGAAGGGAGGGCGUAUGGGUGCAGUAAAUGGGAUGCUUCCAAAUGGCAAGGUUGAUGAAACUUGUAUGCAGUCACGUGAAAUUUGGACUGGUGUUACAUAUGCAGUUGCUGCCACGAUGCUUCAUGCGGGGAUGGAGCAUCAAGGAUUUGCAGCUGCUGAGGGUAUAUUUACCUCUGGCUGGUCAGAGGAGGGAUUCGGAUACUGGUUUCAAACACCUGAAGGAUGGACAGUUGACGGUCACUACCGUUCACUGAUGUACAUGCGUCCUCUUGCAAUCUGGGCUAUGCAGUGUGCGUUGUCUCCACCUAAAGCAAUUCUUGACGCACCAAAAUUUAAUAUUAUGGAGAGAGAUUACUCAUCUUUGUUUAGUCUGAGAUCUACAACUGGCACAGUCAAGAAGAAAGUAGUCAAGAACAAGUGGUUCGGCAACUCGGUUUUUCACUGUGAAUGUUCAUGUGGGUGAGUCUUCAGUCAGCAACUGUAUAUUCCUCUCCCUCCCUCCCUCUCUCUCUCUCGAUCGUGUUUCGCUCACAGGGUAAUAAAUCUCACUCAACGUCAAGUUCCGGUAGCUCUCAGAAAGAAGGUUGAGGUUUCUGGAAAAAACUGAUCGUGUAGUCGCAUAAUAACCAGUAGACUAUUCAAUUUUAUAGGUACACCUGAUUAUUCUUCUUGGGUUCUGCAAGAGCAUGUACGGUGAGCUGCCGUUCAAUUAACUCUUGGUCCCUUGAAGGAGGAAAUUUUUAUCUGGCUUUCUGUUAUCUUUGUCAGGGACAUGCAUGUGUGCCAGUUGAAGUGCACGCAUUGGAUAAUUAAAUGAUUUCCUAAUUUCUAAUGUCAACAGCUUCAAUUUUCCCCCCUUGUGGGACUA